UCACAAGCUGAGCGAACUGUGUCUAAAAAUUUUAAGGCAGACUUUACAUAAGCAGUGUAAUAUAAACAAAAUACAAUUUCGAACGCAUCAUACAAAACUCAAGUUUAAAUGUAAAAUAAACUGGACCCAUUGGAAAGUACUUCUAUAUUUUUGUAUUAGAAAGUAAUAUUUUACUUGUACCCGAUAAUGUUGCUGGUUAUCACAAAUUACGUAACAUACUGGUUUCACAAAUAUGUCAAUUUAGAAAACAUUUACGGUCAUGUAGCAAUGUCAUCGACUUUUAAAACAUUUAAAACGUAUUAAAGUUACUAUUUAAAUUAAAUCAUAUUUUAUUGUAGUGGUGAUGGUAUUCAAAACUGAAUAAACUAUGCAAGAUGAAAGUUCUACUUAUUGUGUAUAUGAUAGUGUUAGGAAGAGUUAAUAUUAAUUGGAGCUUACCCAUAGAUGACAAAAAGUCCUAUUACAGAUCUCUACCUAGGGUAAAUUUUUCCAAAGCAGACGCUCAAAAUGAUGAUGUUAUAUACACCCUUUUUACAAAAACCUCCCCUACAGAAGGACAGAAUGUAAAUGAAGGCACAUCUAACUCCAUAAUUAAGGAAAAAGAUGUACCAACUGUAUUAAUUAUUCACGGAUGGACUACAGACGAUACGUCUCCAUGGUACAGACCACUCAGAGAUGAAUAUUUCAAACAAGGACCCCACAAUAUAAUUUUUUUAAAUUGGAGCAAAGCUGGAAAUAAAACUUAUCAUGUGUCAAGUGCCAAUGUUAGACCCGUAGGAAAGUCCAUUGCUCAAUUUCUGGUUGCUUCGAAAGUUAAUUUGAGCAAAGUGCAUCUAAUAGGUCAUUCACUCGGAUCACAACUGACAUGUUAUAUAGGUCAAUUUGUACAAGAGCUAAGUGGUAGAAAGGUAGGAAGAAUUACAGCCUUAGAUCCAGCAGGUCCACUGUGGAGCAAUCCAGAUAUGUCUGAAAGAGAAAGACUAAGCUAUCACGAUGCUGACUUUGUUGAUGUUAUUCACACAGAUAUUCAACUUUCUGGGUAUACCAAACCUAUAGGGCAUGUAGAUUUCUAUCCUAACGAAGGUAAACACCAACCGGGCUGCCCUUCUAUAGAAGAAGAUAGUAACUGUAGCCAUGCCAGAUCUACACUUUUCUUUAUAGAAUCUGUAGCUACAAAAGCAAUUUCUAAGGAAGCAAUAUUUAACGAAGAUGAACACUUUUUUGUUACAGUUACUCCAAAGCGAGAUGGGAAAGAAGUUAUUUUUGGACAACAUGUUGAUAAAUCCGCAAGGGGUGUUUAUUAUAUUAAAACGAAUGCUGCGAAACCAUUUUUAAACGAAAAUAAAUAGGUGUAUAUAUUA